AUGUCUCCCAGAGAAAAGGGAAUUCAAACCAAGGACAGUGUCAGCCUGCUACCCUGUUUCUAUUUCGUUGAGCUGCCUAUCCUGGUGUCAUCUAUGGUCAGCUUAUACUUCCUGGAGUGGACGGAUUUGUUCAAGCCAGUGAAGUCUGGCUUCAACUGUCAUGACCGCAGUCUCAGCCUGCCCUACAUCGACCCUAACCACGAGGUCAUCCCCCUGCUAAUGUUGCUUAGCCUGGCUUUUGCAGGACCUGCAAUCACGAUCAUGAUUGGCGAGGCCAUCCUGUUUUGUUGUCUAGCUCGAAGAAAAGGUGGCGCUGGAGCUGAGGCAAACAUCAAUGCAGCCGGCUGUAACUUCAACUCUUUCAUACGCAGAGCUAUACGUUUUGUUGGUGUUCAUGCUUUUGGUCUUUGUGCCACCGCCCUCAUCACAGACAUCCUCCAGCUGAUGACAGGCUACCCAGCCCCUUACUUCCUUACAGUGUGUAAACCCAACUAUACAACCCUAAAUAUCAGCUGUGAGCAGAAUCCUUACAUCAUGGAGGAUAUCUGCUCUGGGGCCGAUACAGCAGCUAUUAACCAGGGCAGAAAAUCAUUCCCAUCCCAACAUGCUACUUUAGCAUCUUUUGCUGCUGUCUAUGUUUCGAUGUACUUCAACAGCACUCUGACCGACUCAUCCAAAUUGCUCAAGCCCCUGCUGGUCUUUUCCUUUGUCAUCUGUGCCAUCAUUUGUGGUCUGACGCGGAUUAUUCAGUACAAGAACCAUGCUAUUGAUGUUUAUCUGGGAUUUCUGAUUGGCGGUGGAAUUGCUGUCUACCUGGGUCUGUACGCAGUUGGAAAUUUCCUCCCCAAUAAAGAAUCUAGCACUAGUCUCCCUCCACAGCCUCACUGCCCAUCCUGCUCUUUACCGCACAUUAGUCAAGAGGCAGUCCUUCAUCACCUGCAAAUGAAAGCCAGCAUAUCGGGUGAGCCUGGUAUUCCCACCUCCCAGUCCGAAGGCCUUCUCCAUCGGGGUCUUCCACAGCAAAAGGGUGACGAUAGCCUGAAGUGCCCUGGCAGAGAUGCGGAUGGAAUCUCACCCCACAGCCCACGCAGCAAAGAGACCAUUGUGACCUUUAGCCACACCCUCCCUCGUGUUCACACUCCGCAGGCCAUCGCAGCAUACGAGGAAGCAGCCAGACGUCACGCCGCCACCCUUCACCAUGCUUCCAUGGAUUCUAGCCGUUCCAAGCAGCUUUUGUCACAGUGGAAGAGUAAAAACAACCACAAAUGUACUCUUCAGGUACCUGACUGUUUCCCACCAACAGCAGACUUAUCUGUACAAGCCGCUCAGCAUCCUCAUCACCAUGGCAGUAUGGAAGUCCGAUCCAGCUCUGAACCAUCGGCUAUGGGUUUGGACGCAAGCUUUGAAGCUCACGCAUAUUUAUCCAAACUGGCCACGGGAGCAAGCACCACUUUGCCAAGUAAUUGCAGUGGCAUUACCGGAGGAGCAAGAAUGUUAAUGCAAUCUCGACCUGGGUCUUCACAACUGGUCCACAUUCCAGAAGAAUCACAUGAAAAUUACCAUAAUACCUCCCCAAAAACAGUUGGAGGAGGGAUUGAUGGUGUUUCUUCAGCAGAUGGCACAGUUCAGGCUAACUGGCAAAGAGUUGCUGAAAAGACUGCAAUUUGCAGGACUAAUGACGAAGGGAAGAAAACCCAACCACGUAUCAUGCAGGUGAUCGCUAUGUCCAAGCAGCAGGGUUUGCUUCAGACCCAUUCCAAAAGUUUGGAUGAGAGCAGCACUGUAGCAAGUUCCCAGGGCUUGGCUCACUACAGGGCUCUUACGACUGAAAAGGAGCCUAGUAGCACUACAGGACCGAGCUCCUUGGGCAGCACCACAGGCAGUAUUUCAGGCAGCACCGGCGCAAUUGUCAGAAUAGAAGCACACCCUGAAAACAACAAACCGGUUAUCCAGGCUCCUUCCACCGAUGGAAGUGGAUCGUGGCGGUGGCGAUCUCUGGAUCAUGGCAACGGAGCUGUUGUCGGGCACGGUAGUACAGGAGGUGGGAGUUUGAGGCAAUCCUUCGAUCUCAAUGAUCUUAACAGAGACUCUGAAAGCUCAGACUCGAUACGAGAAGGGUCUAUUGACAGGAAGCGUGCUUAUCACGUCACUACCGCCUCUGUCACACCGCCCACAGUUACUGUUCAUACAAGCCAACCAGAGCAGAAGCACCAUAAUCAGAGCCUCUCUACAAUAAGGGUCACUCCGGGGGAUGUUAGCGGAGCCGGAUCUGGCAGCGGCGACGCAGCUUCAGAAAUUCCUUCAGUCGCCUCCAGUCGGGAAUCCACCCUGCGGCGAAAAGGUCAUAAUGUCAUCUUGAUUCCAGAGCGAGGAAACAGCCCCGAUAUCACCCGAAAUGUUUUCUACAAGGGAGCAUCCAUACCUAAUAAGGAAUAA